GCGGAUAAAAUGGCGAGAGACGGCGUACUUCGCUGAGCGAUAGAGGGAGAGGGAGAGGGAGAGGGAGAGAGGAGGAAAUCCAUUUCGAAGCCAUCAAACGCACCCGACGCAAGCGCGCGACGCGAGAAACGUUUGAGGAUUGAAGUCUUUGAGCUUAUACCACUUAUAGAAGUGAAAGUUUCGCUCUCUGUUGGGAAACUGCAAGUGAAGCUCUGUUUGGACAGGUUAAAUAGUUGUGGUUGGUGUCAGGAGCAUGCUUUAUUAGCCCUCUUUCAAGAUUGGGUCUGAAUUCAGCUGCUUUUAGUUCCAAUUAUCAUGACUUCUUCGGUUCAAAGCUUAUCUGAUAACAGUGAAACUGAUGAACAGCAGGACCAGGUACAAUCUGAGAACCAACAUCAACCUUCUGCAACUGCCAGCUUGCAUUCUGGUGUGGCAACACAUUUGCCUGGGUACAUGGUGCCCACUAGUCAUUUUGACGUAGCACAGACUGUGGCUCCGGCAGCUUACCCAUUUGUUGAUCCUUACUAUGGUGGUAUGUUUGCAGCUUACAGUGGGCAACAUGUGAUACAUCCACAACUGAUUGGAGUCAAUCAUCCCGGAGUGCCAUUGCCGACUGAUGCAAUUGAAGAACCUGUUUAUGUCAAUGCAAAACAAUAUCAUGGUAUCUUAAGGCGUCGACAGUCUCGAGCAAAAGCUGAAUCAAAAAAUAAAUUGGCUAAAGUUCGUAAGCCGUAUCUACAUGAAUCCCGUCAUUUGCAUGCUGUGAGAAGAGCUAGAGGAUGCGGAGGUAGGUUUCUUAAUUCUAAGUCUGAAGCAGAUCAACAGAAUGAGUCCCAAGGAAAUCAACAGGAUGAGGCUGCCUCGGAUGACAUGGCCCAACGUUCUGAUGUUCCAGCUUCUGAUGAGCGUUCUGCUAAUAAAGAAAAUACUAAGCUCUCUAGCAAUAGAGCAGAGCCUUCUAAAGUUGGAGACUCUGAUAAGCUACCAGUGGGCAAUGAAUGAUGUAUGCUGGUUCUUGGGAAGAACAGAUACUGUACAGAGUUUGCUGGAAUAACCAAAAGCCUGGUUGUAGAAGCAAACUUGUCGAUUCUUUUCAUAAUUUAAACUGUAGCCCUUAGUGAUCGGCAUGUUAUUAGAAGACUUUGUUGAUGUUGUAAGUGAGAGAUCUCAUAGGUUCAUUUAAAGAUUGGACUUUCUCAGGUGUUCUCUUAGGUU